CGCCUUUUCGCGCUUCGCCCGUGUCCCCCCUCAUUCAUUGUCAGCUUCCUGGAGCCAUUUUUUUUUCCCUCCAGCGAGCGGCGCAGCAGCAGUGGUAACUUUUUUUAAAAUCCGAGCCAUCUGCGCGUUUAUGACACUAAUAUCACCUGAAACGUGGCUGCAUCGAUAGUUAAGAGUUUGAUCUUUCAUGCGAGGGUAAUAUUUACAACAGAAAAGCAGCGCGUUGGGGUAAAAAACGCGGUUUAAACUGAGGUCUGAGAGCAAAAAAAAAAACAGACGCACAGAGAGAGAGAGAGAGAAGCGACACAAACACACACAUAUACACACACAAGAGCCGCGUCGGAGACGAUGAGAAGAGCGAUCUCAUGCUCGGCCCCGGAGAGUGUGAUCAUCACCGGGGUUGGAGGCUCUUCGCUGGACGAGAACGCGGUGCUGACGGCCCUGGGCUCCAACACACACACAACCACCUUCAUCCACAUCAUCACCCCGCCGCCACCACUGCCGCCGCCACCGCGCCUCACACACACUCCCGCCGCCGUGUGUGUGUCCGAGUCUCCGGCCGCCAGCCUGUAUACCACCCCGACCCCGAGCGCGAGCGGACAGAGACCUGCGCUGGGACGGCCUCCGGCGAAGCGGCGCUUGGCUCUCGAUGACUCGGACCACUUGUACACAGCUGAAGUAGCGAAAACCCCCAAGACCCAAAAUGGAGGCCCACUAGCUGUGCUAAAGGGCAACAAAACUCCAAAGUCUCCAUCAGAGAAGACUCGCUAUGACACGUCUCUGGGUCUCCUGACUAAGAAGUUUGUGCAGUUGUUGGGCCAAUCGUCAGAUGGCGUGGUGGAUCUGAACCAGGCGGCCGAGGCGCUCAACGUCCAGAAGCGACGUCUCUACGACAUCACCAACGUGCUGGAGGGGGUGCACCUCAUCAAGAAGAAAUCCAAAAACAACAUACAAUGGAUGGGCUGUAACCUUUCAGAGGUUGGUGGAGUACUGACCCAUAAACAGACUCUGAGCAGUGAAGUGGCUCAGCUGGUGCAGGAGGAGCGCAGACUCGAUGAGUUGAUCCAAAGAUGCACGCAAGAAGUCAAGCAGAUGACAGAGUCAUCUCACAGUCAGAAGUUCGCUUAUGUAACAUAUCAAGACCUCCGGCGGGACCAUAGUCUGAAAGAUCAGACGGUCAUCGUCGUCCGAGCGCCGUCCGAGACCAAGUUAGAGGUGCCCGAUCCACAAGAGGGGUUGCAAGUUCACCUCACCAGUUCAAAAGGACCUAUAGAUGUCUUUUUGUGUCCUGAUGAAAAUACCCCUGACAGUCCGGUUAAGAAUGAGAAUUCGAGUAUGAAUGGAAACUCCUCUCCCUUUAUGAAAGUGUUAGAAGAUGGCAACUCCAGCCGUUCAGGCCCGGCGGUAACGGUCACCAACCUCUCACCCAUUACAUCCCCCUACACCAGCCUGCUGCAACAAACUGAGGACCAGAAUCCCUACUCUGAAUCGCCCUUCAUCAGCCUGGGCUCCCCACCUCUCAGUGAUGACUACCUCAUGAGCCUAGGAGAAGGCGAAGGAAUUUCUGACCUCUUUGAUGACCUUGAUCGCCUCCCCAAUCUGGAUGAUCUUCUAUGCAACUGAAGAGGACCUCUUAGACUCCUGCUUGGAUUGACUUGGUCAGGUAACCACUGACGGAAGGGUGCAAACUUAUAGGUGUAAUUGAUUCAAGAGUCUGGUAAGAUCCAUUUUUAACUUCCUGUGCAUCAUGAAUUAAGUGAUGCUUGGAGAAUGGUCUACCAUCUUCCAGCCUAAAGGUUCCUGCGAGAGUUUGAUAAAGGAGCCAAGUGUUACUCGAGUAAGUGUUUCCCAUCUGAUCAAAUAAGUUGUUAGAAAAUUUGCCUGCAAGUGGCCCCUGUCCUGUGCAAGUAACAUUACAUUUAAGAUUCACAUUGAGGACCUCAGCUUUAGUGAUGUAACUAAUGCUGGGUAACAUCUUCCUGGUGGAAGCUUGUCCUUCAUAGCUGCCUCAGAGACUCCAUCUUUGAUUGAAAGGAAUGUCGAGAGGAAUGGCAACGUAUCACUGUUCCUACAGUGAUAAUUGCAGCUUUGAAGUGCCCAUGAAUUGGAGAAUUGAGGGUUUCCAGUUUGUUUUUACCCCUUGUGCAACCUGGAUGCCUCGGCUAAACAAGAUCUACCAUCUUCCAAUUUGCAGAUGCCUUGAUUUGGGACGUGGUGAGCAUUUCUUUUUACUUCCUUGUCUUUCCAUCAGCAUUUAGGAGCUCCUCUCCAAACUUUGUACAAAUAACGUUGGCUUUGGAUCGUUCCUAUCCUCAGUUCUCAAUCUGCACACGUUAAAUUGCCUGUGUGCAGAAUUAGGAAUUAUCAUUGUUGACUUGUGCAUUUCAGCAUACCCGAAGGUGAACAUGAACUCCUGGUAAAGACCCAAGUGAAGGGGUCAGUGGAAUAAAGCAAGCUGUGUAGAAUUACACAGCAAUGCCCACAUCAUGUGCUGCUGUCUAUUUUAUUCCCAUAGCAACGGGAUACAAGCAGAUGGGAUUCAUAUGCUGCUCUUUAUUGCAUUCAGUGCUGCUGCAGAUUUCUUGCACUGCCUUGUGUGAGAAAUCACUUCAUCGUUCGCAUCGAUGCUUUGAGACUGUAAUGAUGACGUAUAGAUUUGUCCAAGUUAACUUCUUUUAGCCUGGAUCCAGAGGUCUCUAAAGACCAAAGGGCAAAUUCAUACCAUGUUUUAUUUCAUGGAAUAUUGAUGCCACUGACAGGGUCUCCAACUGAUUUGAGUUCAGAUGGAUUUGAGGAAUCUACCUGACGCAGUGGUGGGUUUUAUUUCAAUUUUGGAAGUGCACUUUAGAACUCCUGGCUUGGACGUAUGUUUACCAAGCUAUCAUCCUAUUAGAAAUAAUAUUUAGCCAUUUUUAUGAAAUAAAAUGGUUGCUUUUGGGAAUUCCUUUUUUUAAGGAACUGACCAAUAUUCUCAUUGGAUAUGUUGAGCUUCAGAGUUUAAAAUUGAAUGCAUGUUUUUAUGCAAAGGCCUGGUGUCCUUGACUUAGAAGCCAUUUGUUAUGUACAUGUGGUACUGUACAUAUAAAUUUUAAAGGAAUAGUUCACAUUUAGACUUUCCCCUGUACCACUAAUCUUCAGCCAAGAUGUAUUUGCGGUCUGAUGUUCUCUUCUUUAGUUUUGCUUCUUAAGUUUUAGCUCCAUAGCUAAUUGUUUACUUGUCUUUUUGUUUUCUCUAAUAAAAAUGUUUGCAUGACCUACAAAGGUCAAACAACCUCUAAGAGAACCAGAUGGAAGAAGUGUCCAAAAUCUAAAUUUAAAAAAAAAAAAAAAAAAAAAUCCAGAUGUGCAAACAAAAAAUGCAAAAUUUUGAUAAAUUGGAGUGGUCUACCUUGUUCUUUAUAUUUUGUGAAGCAGACCAGAAAUAGGUGUUUAAAAAACAUUCUCACCUGUAGUGUGUGGUCUGAAAUUUGCCUUUGUGGUAGGGGGAAAAUUAUUAUAACUUUUUCCCCCUCCCCUCCUUCAUGUAGGUUCUUGGUAGUUCAACCAGCUUCUAGCCAGUUGCACACUGCAUAAAUUAAUGUUGUGUAUCAUGUGUCUGUACAUUUUGCUAGAAUAAUCCCACAAAUGUCUAAUAUCUUAAAUAUAAUAAAAGAAUAAUUCAGUUAAAUUAACGUCGGCCAAUCAGGCCAAGGAAAAUGAUGUUAUUGGGCCAAAUUCUGAUUGGUUCACCCCAAGCCCUAGGUAAUAAACUACCUACAUCCAAACCUGUGUUAUUCUGUAUUAUAAAUAUUUUGUGAUUCCAAAAUUCUACUUCCUGCAGCAUCACAGAAAUGCAGCAUUUUUAUCAGUACUUGCAAUUUAAGUGAUAUUGGCAGAUUUCUUCUUGCAAAUCUGUCUUUACGUAGACAAUUAUGUUAUGUUUGUUAUAAGGCAUAAAACAGACUUUAAAAAUAAUGCAAUACUUCCCUUUCAUUUAAAAAAAGAAAAAAAAAGCCACCAAAAUCAUUUUGAAACACUGAGGAAAUAUUUUCUGGUUUCUCUUGUUUAGUUUGGGGGGGGAAAAAAGAACAAACCGGUUGCACAAAAGUGUUUCGUGUGUGUGUGUGUCUGUAUUCAUGUGUUGGGUCUUUUGUGCAACAUAGGGGUUCAGGUUCAGUGCUUAUUACUGAAAGCCUUUGUUGUAGUAGUGCCUUUACCAGCUAUGCAGAGAUCCAGUUAAGCAAACCUUUAAACACUUCAGAACUGGCCGUCCACCACGGGUAAUAUUCGUUCUUUAACAUGUAAAAUAGCGUAAUUAUUUAACCCUUUACUAGUUGUCUUUGGCAAGGUAUUCCAGGGCGCACUCAGUGAUUUGUAAAUACAAUCAUGAACGUUGUUUAUGAUACACACACACACACACACACACACACACACACACACUGCUUUUACCUUGCUCAAUGAUCUCCAAACAUAUUUACACUAGUGGGUUGCACGACUGUUCAUGUUUACUAGUUGACCAGUAAUUCGACUAGUCACCUUUUCCAUAGUUAAAGCAAAAACUGAUUCAGGACACAUCUGUUUUUAAGCUGUUUUAUUAGUGCAGUCACGUUACAUUGUCAGCUGCAAUUCUUUUACACUGUUAGCGAUGAAGAUAGAUAAAUCGUUGCAAUAAAACAUGAUAAAUAAUACAUCCCCAUGUCCCAUUACACUAUGUAAGGACAAUUCUCAGCGGACUUGGCUGAGCAGAACUCAUGAACAAAUUCCUCCCGCAGUUAUUUUUGUUGUCUUUUAUAACUAAAUUAAUUUUUUUUUUUUUAAAUCCUUGCACCGUGGCUUAAUGAAUUUCAA